AUGUGGAAUUCAGAUUGUUGUUGGUUCUUAGUGACGUUUUGUAGUGCGUUAUCGGAAACGAAUCCGAAAUUUCAGCUCGAUGAACGUAAAAAGGAGAAGCAACGAAAACUGUUGUUGGAUGCGAGUGAUAUGUUGAUGGGUACAACCGUAAUUGAAGACUUCGACGAGGAACCACAUGUAAAUCAACCAAAAACGGAUGAACAAGUAGUUCCGAAUAAAAUGGAAAAUAUUGAGAAGAAAAAACCGUUGAGUUGGCCUGAACCAGGCAAUCGACACGAAUACGAUUACGACGACGAUAUUGUGGAGUAUAAGGAAAGUGAUUCGCUUGAUGAAGCAAAUCAAAAACCUCUAGCAUAUACCUCGGAAAUUAAUCAUUUCAUUAGCAAAAAAAAGAAUGAACCGACCACAAUAUUUGAGUCGUACGACCAUCAUUUGACGCCUUUCUCGAGCACGAUUCGCGUUCCGCCGACCGUUGAAGAAAUCCUUGAAUCACCGGCGUCUCUCUCACCGAUUUCAGAGGCAAACGAAAAUCUGGAUAAGCUGAGUGAAUCUGCAGCCGUAACUGAAACGACUUCCUCAACGUUGUCAACUCCCGAGAAAGUGUCACCGUCGACGAUCGAUAUGUCCCCGCCUCGUUUCAUCCCAACGAAUGACACAAAUAAAGUGGUUUCACAAGUGAUACCUGAGGACGAAGAAUUACCGACCACAGCAGUUGCUGAAAAACGUGACAGUGUUGGGGUUAGCAGCCAAAGGAGGAAACCGGAUGAGAGGGUGACGGAGAAAGAGCAUGCUGAUGAUGAACGAGACACACCACAAGGUCAUGUGGAUGCGGUUGUUUUGGAAAGGUUUGUGCCGUUACAUUGCCAUGAUCUUGAUCCACAGCAUGCGAUUCAAGUCAAAGAUAUGUUAGCGAUAGCAUGA